AUGGAGUUCGUGUUCCUUGGCAUCUUCACCAUCGAGUUGCUGAUGCGCGUCUUUGUGUGCGGCAAGAAGUUCUUCAGCUAUACCACCGAAGACUUCAGCUGGAACGUCUUUGACUUCUGUGUGGUGCUGGCCGGCUGCUUGGAUGUAGUGUCCAACAUGUCGCCCGUGAAGCACAACAAGGGCAGUUUCAUGACCUUCCUGCGCAUUAUCCGCCUCCUGCGGGUGAUGCGCAUGAUCCGGCUCCUCCGCUUUCUGCGAGAUUUCCACGUGCUCACCUUUGGCUUUGCUGCGGCGGCGGUUGCCAUACGCAACGUCUCCUUGCUCAUGCUGGCCGCGAUUUAUGUUUCUGCCAUCAUGUGCGUCCGCAUCAUCAUACCCUUCAUGCAGGAUAGCGAGCAUCAGGAUUUCCUGGACCUGCACUUCGGAUCGCUGCGGAAGUGUAUGCUCUCGCUGUUUUGCCUUCUCUCAGAGCCCGACCUCAUGCCAUACUGGGAAGUCCUGGAAAUCGACGGCAUUCUCGCAGCCUUCCUCAUUUGCUUCGUGGUAUUCGUGAGCUUUGGGAUUGUGGGGCUGCUGACCGGCCUGGUGUGCGAGAGCAUGUUCGACAAGAACGACGCCAAGAUCGAGCAGGAGCGGGCUGAAGCGGAGGAAAAGCGCCAGAGGAUAAUCAAGAACUGCGAGCAGAUCUUUGACUCCAUCGCAAGCAGCCAAGGGCAUGCAUCCAUCGAAGAGAUCAUGCAGAUCCUGCCUUCCUUGGAUGAGCUGUUUGUGACGGAGGGCGUCACCUUUGCCCGAGAGGAUUUGGUGAACACAGCAACGUGA